AUACAGUCUAGCUUUUGUAACAUUUUUUUAGGGGAGGAGGUUGUUCGUCGUCCUUGUAAACGAAAUUAUUAUUUUUUUAACCUCUUUAAUUGCACGUUCCGGUCAAUCUUGUAGUUGUUUUCUGUGUGUCCACGACGUAAACGCGCAGGAAGUAGUUGGUUACGCAAUGCCCGUGAGUCGUGACACUAGUACUACUGACUGACUCCGGGUAGCGUUUUAGUAUUUAGCUAGCCGGUUAGCGCAUGAGAUAGGAGAAAGCUAGUGUCGUGUCUAACUUUUGAAGUGCCUUAACGAGUGACAUAUUCUGCCUGGUCCAAAUGGCGUCACUGCUGACAGCAUUCCGAAGAAUGGCUCACGCUGGGUUACGUGAAUAUGCGCGGAAGACGACAGUAAAUUGUAGUGCUUCGAGGCUGACCGGGCACAGGAAUUUCGUCACGGGAUCGCAUCCACUCAGGUCAGAAAAGGUGACGGUCCACUUUAUCAAUAGAGACGGCGAGAAGAUAACGGUCGGGGGCUCUCCCGGGGACUCGCUGCUUGACGUCGUCAUCAAUGAAGACCUCGACUUUGAUGGCUUUGGAGCGUGCGAGGGCACGCUAGCGUGCUCCACUUGCCAUUUGAUCUUUGACGAAGACGUCUACAAAAAACUGGGCCCGGUCACAGAUGAGGAAAUGGACAUGUUGGACUUGGCGUACGGCCUGACUGACACAUCGCGCCUGGGUUGCCAAAUUUGUCUGAGCAGGUCCCUGGAGGGAAUGGUGGCCCGCGUUCCAGAGACCGUAGCAGACAUCCGACAGAGUCAAGAUGGCUCUGCGUAGCGGCUAUUUCUUGGCGAUGGUAGGUGGGCUGCCUGAACGUGCACAAGGAAUCAACCGCUGGACGCUUAAGAACGGCCGUAGUGUUCACGUAACCAGCCACUGUCCUGUUUGAACGGACCUGGCGAUCAGAAUGUUGACUGAGAUGCUAGCAUUGUAAUUCUGCCAUGUGUCAUCUCCAUCCACUUCGACCUCUUUUAUGUAACCAUAGCAUUUUAUUAUAAAAUUGUACAUAGAACACAUUUGUGUAUAGAGAAAGCUGAUAAUAAAAAGAAAAAGUAAGUCAGUGAA